AUGAGGAAGUCCAGCGAUAGUGGCUUGGCUACUUCUUGUUGCUGCACCGAUCCACGCCUUUGCUCGGCGCUUCGGCCACCAUGGUCUAAUCUCCCCGUCGACAUCGUGAUGGAAAUCGCAGAGCGUCUUCUCCCCAAUGCGGCCGACUUGGUUCGAUUUGCAUCCGUCUGCCGCUCGUGGUGGUUGCUCGUGAAGGAAGAAACUUCUCUGGCACGUCAGCUCCCUUGGCUGAUGCUCGCAGAGGAGGAGAUAGACGCGCCUUCCUCGGGAAGCAAUAUUUGUCGUCGCUUCUAUAGCCAUUCCAAGAACGAAAUCUACGAGCUCCCUGUGCCCAAAUCCCAUGGAAGAUUCUGUUGUGGCUCCUACGCCAGUUGGAUCGCGACGGUCGGCAUGGACUUAAGGAUGCAGCUCGUGAACAUCUUCACCGGAGGCAGCGUAGAGCUGCCUUCGCUCUACACCUUCGGCGCAUCCUUGCAUCAAAGUGGAGACUGGUCACCAGAAAGCAGGCGCUCUCUUUUUGUAUCCAAGGUGUGCAUGUCUUCGAGCCCCUCUGCUGGUAGGGACUGCCAUGUGGUGGCAUUCUAUGGCGUCGGACGUAUGCUGGGCUACGCUAGGGUCGGUGACGAUCGAUGGACUACAGUUAACUGUAAUUGGUGGCACUACUUAGAUGCCUCAUUCUACAAAGGCCAGCUCUACCUCGUCAAUCGGAAAAGGGACGUGGUGGUGUUGGAUGUGUCUCAGCAGCAGGUGCAUCUGAUAGCGACCAAACCGAAGCAACGUAUGGUCAACUACCGUUGGCAAAUAUAUCUGGUAGAAUCAUCGGGUGAUCUACUGUACGUGGUGCGCGUGGUUAAGUAUUCGCGAAAGCCGACAUACGACACAAAGAGCUUCAUCGUCUACAAGCUUAACGUUUCCGACGGCGAGUUGCAGCAGGUGAGCAGCCUGGGUGGGCGAUCGCUGUUCUUGGGCCUCAACAGUUCGAUAUCUGUGGAGGCAUCUAAGCUGGUGGGAUGCCAAAAGGACUCCAUUUACUUCACCGACGACCUAGACGAUUUCAAGACUUACUGCACGCCGGGAGGCGGACAUGACAUGGGGAUCUAUAGCAUGGUGGAUGGGAGCAUCACCCCACACUAUGGUGGCGUCUCGCUGUCCCGAGUCUCGCCGCCGUUGUGGGUGCCGAUCCACCCUUUGUUUUCACCCAACAUCUAG